UUUUUAGAAACCAUUUUGGCAAAACCCAAUUUUCGUGCAUUCUAUUUCCUUUCCAUAGUGAUACCUUUAAAGCUAAAUUUUGGAAGCUUUGUGUUGGGAUUUUGAUGGGGCUUUGUGAAGGAAAAAUGUUCUUUAGAUAGUGAGGGUUCUUUUGAUAUCAAACAUAAGUCCAUUUCUUUUGUUGCUGGGUUUGGAAAGUGGUGCUAAAAGAAGAGGGUUUUGGUUGCAAACAAAGAAGGAAAGUGUUCUUCACCUUCUAGUUGCUGAUUUUGAUCCAUUUUUGGUGUGGUUUUGAAUUGUUGAGCAAGUGUUCAAGCUUCCCUUGAGUAUGCCGCCUCGUAGGAAGGACAAGGCACCGAGAGGCCAAGAGAGUGGGCUUGCAGUUGGACGGUCUGGGGAGAGUCCUGCAUCUCACCCUAUGGGACAGGGAGGUUUGCCACCGCCGGUGAUGUCUACAGGGGAAAAUGAGACAAAAAGACGUCUCAAACUUAUCUCCACAUUUGUCAGGCUCGUGCCUACACUGUUUGAAGGUGGGACUGAUCCGUUGUUGGCAGAUGAUUGGUUUGACCAGGUGGAAAAGCAUAUUGAUGCUCUGGCAGUUGAAAAUGAUUCUGUGAAGAUUAUGUUGGCUACCUAUAACUUUACUAGGGAUGCCAAAUUAUGGUUGAAAAUGAUUGAUGCUCUUUAGGUCUAUUUUUAUAAGAGGCUUCCAUGUAAUCCUUUAUAACUCAAAACAAGUGUGGAACAAGAAAAAUUAAUUUUAUUAGGUAAUUUAUAAUU